GUUCCGUCUUGACUGUGGCUGGUGCUCAACCGAAUCAAGCGCGAGUCCUUGUAGCAAGCACAAAAAAAAAAAAACAUAUAUAGAAAAGUAAAGAAGGCGUAGGAGUGACGCCAUGUUGUGAAAAGUGUCUACCAUUUUAUUAUUUGCCAACAACAAAUAAAACACACACAUACGUAGAUAACAAGACGCAUUGCAACACACUGAAUGCUUUGAGGAAAAUACAAUUUGAAAGGACAUCCAGAAAAACAGUGCAAUUUUUCCACAUUCUCAAACGGAAGAGACGUCCGUGCCCAAGCCCAAGGAGCCGUAAGCUGCCAUUGAUUUGUUUGUUGCAACAGAGGCAGUUGUAAGGCAGCUGUUGCCAUGGCCGGCCGAUUUGUCGAUGCCGGGGCCAUCCUGGGACUGUUGCUGCUUGGCAUUGUCCUGGCCACGCCCCAACGCGCCGCCUACUCACUGCAGGCGGCCGUCGAUGAGCUGCAUCGCCGCGAGGCUGCCAAGUUUCCAUUGAACGCACCGCCCCCAUCUGGACAGCUGGACGACUGGGAUGAAGUUGCAGAUAGCGAUUUAUUUGGCACCGGCACCAGCAACAAGUUUAAGAAUCGGAAUCGCCACAGAAUAAACAAAGCACUUGCCAAGUAUUUAGAGCGCGAGAAUGAGCGCGAGAACUACGAGCAGGGCGCCCUGGGCGGUCCGCCGUUCGAUGGCUACGAGUUCGACGAUGAGCGCGAGCAGCAAUCGAAUCCCAGCAAUCUGUUUGUGGAUGACAAGCGCAAGCGUUCAUCCUCCAACUUUAGGGAGCGUGAUGAGCAGCAGUACGACUCGGCUCCAUCUGUCUUCCGUGAACGUGAAAAUCUGAACGGAGAUGCCACGCACAGCGAGCUAACGGAACAAUUUCUGCGCGAGAUCGAGGAGGCCAGCGAGCAUGAGCGGCAGGAGCGCUACAAGCUGGCGCUGCGUCAGCUCUGGGAGAAGUAUCAGCAGCAGGAGAACGAGAUCCACAACAACGCCAACAACAAUGGAGACGCCGAUGAGCUGGAUGAGCAGCCGCAGCAGCAGUCGCAGCUGUUCGAGCAAAAGAAACGCAUGCGCAUGCCGCCCUACUAUCUGCUGAUGCAAAAGAAACGCUCGUAUCCGGUGCUGCCCUGGCUGCCGUACAAUGCCGACAAGAAGAAGCGUUUCCCGGUGGCCAAGCGUGCGGCGGGUGAGUCCCCGCUGGCCAAGACGGACGAGCGCGUCGCCCAGGAGCUGAGCGAGCUGUUCGGCAAGCCAUUGAACGACCAGCAGCCGGAGGAGAAGAAGAAACGUUCCACGGAGGAGCAACUGAAGGCAGCCUCGACCACACAUCAGCCGGAGACGGCGGCGGCCACGGCCACCGCCUUGGGUGACAUGCGCCUGGAGAUCAAUUUCCAGCGCGUCAACGUGAGCAGCGCUGCCGCGCCGAAGGAGACGCCGACGCAGGCGCCACCAAAGCCCGCUGGCACCGGGGAGUCGAUCUCGCACGGACACGCGGGCUACCACCACAAGCGCAGUGAGCACCACUCGGACGAGGAGUAUGGCGAGCAUGAGGGCGAGGGCGAGGGCGAGGAGAGCUCCGACGAGGAGGACCACGAUGAGUUCGACGACGACGAGGAUGGCGAUGCCGAGGGCGAGGGCGAGGGCGAUGCCGGCGAGCGACGUCGCAAGAAGAAGCGUGCCGCUAGCCAUGCGCACGGCUCGCCGAGUGUGGGACACCUGAUGCUGCGCGCCAAGAAGUCCAUUGAUUGGUCGCAAUACUUUGGCCUCGAUCGCAAGAAGAAGUCCGAGCAGUUGGCCGAUGUCGAGUCCAAGAAACGCAGCGAGGAGAGCAACAGCAGCGGCGGCGGCGGCGGCAGCAGCAGCAGCAACAACGAGGAGCUGGAUGAGCUGGAGCAGAAGAAGAAGAAGAAGCGCGACAUUGAUCCCGAGAAGCUGGAGAGCAUGGACAAGAAAUUGCAGUCCAUUGAGGAUUUCAUCAUCGACGAGACCAUCAAGUAUACGGGCGCACACGAGGGCAUCAAGAACCAGGAGGAGAUCCGCAAGCUGAAGGAGCACGUGCUCUCGCGCCUGGCCACCGCCUACAGCCUGGAGAAGAUGCGCCGUGCGCUGGACAAGUUGCGUCAAUCUGUGGACGCUGAAAAUCAUCUGCUGCGCAAUGUCAUCGAGCCAGAGUCCGAGGAGAACUCCCUGGACAGCCAGUGGCCGAUGAAGAAGCGCUACAGUGUCAAGAAGGAGCAGGCCGAACAGCAGGCAGAGGAUGCACAGCAGCUGAAGAAGAAGCGCAGCGGCUAUAUGCGCUACCCGGAGCCGCCAAACGCCAUAGACGAGCCGUUGGGCAUGCAGAGCACCGGCUAUGAGACACUGAAUGAUGCCUACCUGGGCAACAAGAACUACGUCAUUGGCUCCAAUCAGUGCCCCAUCAUUGAGUCCAUGGCCGAGCGUUGUCGCAGCGUUGAUCUCAUCUCGGGCGACUUGAAUCAGGAGCUGAUGCCGCUGUGUGGAGUGCAUCAGAUUUGUUAUCUUUGUGGCGCCUCGCAGGUGGCUUGCGACUAUCAGUACCUGGCCGAGGCGGACACCAUUUGUGGCAGCAGCAACGAGUGCCAGGCCUCGGCCCGCUCCGUGUUGAUGAUACUGCGCGGCACGCCCGGACGACAGCUGGGACCGCGCGAGUGCUUGAAGAAUCCUUGCCUGUACCGGGCCAUGCGUGAAAUUGGGCUCUAAGCGAGCGGCAACAAGAGAAGCCAAAAUAUUUAAACAAAAAGAGAAAACAAAGAAACAAACUUACAAACAUUUCUUAACGUCCUUUUGUGCGUUUCAAAAAAAUACAACAAACAAAUACUAAAAUGAUGUUAAAGCCAACAAAGAAACUUUGCUGAACUAGCAAAUCAAAAGUUAUUUGAUUCAAAAAGCCAAAAAAAAAGAGAAAAAAAAAAUUAAAAAAUCAAAAUAAUAUUCUAUAUAAAUGUAUUAAAUAGGUGGCUAAAAAUAUUUGGAUACAUUUUGCUGUUGUCCUCCAAUAUGGCAGCAGCUCAACUAGAGACCUAAAAGCAAAAAAAAAACUAUACUAAAAUGAUAUAGACAAAACCCAAGCGAAUUUCCAAGCUACAUAUACCGUAAACCGUACAACAUGAAUAUAUAUCUAUAUGAAAAUAUAUACAUAUAUAUGUGAAUGUUGAUUUGAGAUUUUUCGCCAAGCAGUAGGCAUCAGAUUUGUAGUCCUUUAAUGAAUGCAACAGCUUAUUGUUCAUUUCGUUUUGAAUGUAAACAGCAGAGUCUUUUUGGAAGCACAUUUCAGACUAUAUAGUGCAUAUAUUUGUAUACAGUAUAUAUAUAUAUGUAAUCCAAAAUAUUCAUUGGUAUAUUCAUAAAUGUAUUAACAGUUAUUAUUAUGUGUACAAGUUCACUCUCAAAGAAA